AUGUGGUCAGUCGCAUAUGAAGAUGUUGAGAAGCUGGGCCCGUGGGAUGUGGUGGGAAUGGGCGGGAUGAACUUGGCGGAGAACUUCAAGGAAGACGCGGUACGGCUAAGAACCGAUUUGGUCUCGAGACUGCCCACGGUUUUCUAUCCUGAUCACCACGGUGAGGGUCUAUUGGGUUGUGGAAAGUGCGCCUCGGUGUCCCAAGAUCAAAGAUGGCACCGUGAGAUCAUAAGCAAGAACAGCAAUUGGUUGGACGAGGAUCUGAGAGGUGAACCCUUCUUACGAUCAGGGGGUCUAUCCAGUUCCUACAUCAAGGAUAUACAUGAACUGGCGAAGCGCCAGCAGGGCAACGACACGAAUGACCGACAUCUUGAUUGCGGCCGGUUCCGGUUGAGACACUUGGAUGUCACUCCCCAAGAAUCCACUUGGCGGCUUUAUCAGGCGAUUGGUGGUCUCUGUCUCCCAUGUGUCAAAUCUGGAGAAUUCAAGUUUCAGACGAGCUGUGACUUACACCAUGUCGACCUCUGUUUCAACUGA